AUGGGUGCCAAAAUAGUUAAAAAAUUAAAUGAUAAAACAUGGUUCUCCCAAGAAGUUCAAGAGUUUACGAAGUAUCAAGGUACCCUAUGGCGAUUUAAUACUCCAAGAAACCCCCAGGAGGGAGGAGCCUGGGAGCGUCUUAUAGGUAUCACUAAAAAGGGGUUGAAAAGAUGUGUGGGUAAGAGUCUUUUGAAUAGGACUGAAUUGACUACUCUUUUUUGUGAGUUAGAGUCAGUAGUCAAUUCACGUCCUUUGACGUUUCAGUCUGAUCGUGAGCCAAUACAGUCAAUUAGGCCAAUAGAUUUUCUUAUCCCGUACCCUCAGACUGAAGUAAAUUUUCCAGACUUAGAAGAAGAAUCUGACUAUGAAGAGGAGGUAGCGGGUAGGACUCAGAUAACACAACAAAUAAGGAAAACUAAUAAGAGGUUAAAUAAAUUUUGGGAAGUUUGGCGUAACGAUUAUUUGCUCUCUUUAAGAGAAAGAACCUUAGGGGGAACAAAGGUAAAGAAUCGGAUGGAGCCGGUGGUUGGAGACAUAGUCUUGGUCGAAGAGGCCCUUCCUAGAAGUUUAUGGAAGCUUGGUAAAAUAAUUGAACUUCAAAAAGGAAGGGACCAAUUAAUAAGGACGGCUAAAAUAAAAAUAAAUAAUAAAAUAUUCAAAAGAGCCAUUGGCCAACUUUAUAAUUUAGAAGUUUUAGAUUCUUCGUCUGAGAAUGAGGAUGAAAUAUGGAGUCUAGUCGUCCACCGCAACCAUACACUCGUCUUGAAACCAGAUUAUUGGCGCUGA